UCGCUUCCGAGAGCCCCAUCAGAGAGAGGCCCUCGUACUCCGCGGAGACAGGCGAAUUUCUGUGCCGCAGUCGAUGUUGCGCUUCGAUUCUCCGCGACGCGAAGAUGGGAUGCCUUCGGGUUGCGAGCACCUGCAAUCCAUCGUGCGUCUCGGAAUUCGUGCACCGAUUCGACGACGCCCUGUUUCGUAGGAAGUCAGGCGAAGGGCUCGGGUUGCUGUUGUUCAUGGGUAUGAAUGCGCAGGCUGGCGUCGAGGAUAAGAGUUUCCUUGUAACGAUGCGAAGCUCGUGGUCUGGAUAACGCGAAGGCUCAGACAGGAUUCGGAGGGCGGGAGUCUCUGAUAUGUAAGGGGCAGAAACGUGGGGACGAGCAGAUAAGCCCAGAAAUGCUUGCGUUAUCAGAGAGUUUUACCAGGUCGGUCUUGGACAUCUCGACAUCUUGCACCCCUGGAAUUGCGCGAAGUGGUUUUCCCCUUUCGUUUUGUCAUCUCAAGCUCAAACCUAAGAAGCGACCCCGCCUGUCUGUCAGGCCUCACGUCAAUGCCACAAGCUGUGGGUGGGAUGGAAGAGGAUUUCUUCAAUUGCACUAACGGGAGAGCUGUUACUUGGACUGUUCGCAAGACGACAUGACUCUUCUAGAACGUGCUCUGUUCAUACCAGAGCCUCCUCCCUCUUAGCUCAUGGAAGUAGACCUGCUGUCAAGCUGUCUGUAGAUACUAGUGACACCGGUUUAGGGCCUUCGUAUCGAAACCAGAUGCAGACGUCCAGCAGUCAGUUCAGCACACUGUUGAAGCUGCACAACAAAUAUGGGAAGCGGAAGAUGAUGAAAGUGUCGGAGAGAGAGAGAAACUGCGGCGCCAAAGGAUUGUCUUGGCUAGUAAGGGGAAGGUGUCUUGGAAUAAGGGCAGGCAACACAGUCCAGAGACUAUUGCCGAGGUACGCAGAGCGAAACACUCUUCACUUUAUUUCAGGUUUCUUUCAGAAAGAUUUGACAACCGAGGUACGCAGAGCGAAACACUCUUCACGCAGAGCGGAACACUCUUCACUUUAUUUCAGGUUUCUUUCAGAAAGAUUUGAAACACUCUUCACGCAGAGCGGAACACUCUUCACUUUAUUUCAGGUUUCUUUCAGAAAGAUUUGACAACUGAGGUAUGUGUCCUAGUCCCGCGAUCAGCUGUGUUAUAA